AUGGGACGUAUCCAUAAAAAAUAUUAUAGUGCUAAUGCAACAUUUCUUUCAGAUGAGGUGAUUCAAGAAAUUAAAGGAUCAAUAGGUGUAGUACCUGACGCAAUAAAUAUAAUGGCAAAAAAAUAUCACAUAUCCCACUCUCGUGUUGUUGAUUAUAUAGAAAAUCGAGAAUGCCAACAGCAAAUAAAUUCUCGAUUACGAAUCGAAAGUGAGGUUUUACUGCAGAACAAGUCCUUAGACGAUUCUUUGAAUCAUAGUUCUCUAAACCUACAUCUGACAUCUACCACUUUCAAUACAGAAACAAAAAAGAGAAAAUCCAAAUCUCAGACUAAAUCUGUAUUAUAUAAUAAGCUCCUUCAGAGCGACUCUUUGAGUCAUGAGCUCCACUCUCACAUAUCUGAUUCAACACCUACUAAUAACUCUAAUGAGACAGAAAAAAUAAGUAGUAAUGAUCUAGUUGCAUUACGUGAAAAAGAAGCCAGAAGAGAUGAGAAAAAUAAAGCAAAUAUGACUCGCCUAUUAGGUACUAUUUAG